AUGAUUUUGCAUUUCCGGGGGAGAUAACUGUAUGUAAACAAUACAGUUCUCUCCCGUCAGCUCCUGCACACUGCUUUGUAUGUCUCUGCAUAGCAGUGUGCUUACAGUGGAAAGCACAAACACAGCUUACAGUAAAACAGCACACAGAGCACAGAUAACCCUUUGAUCGCCCCAGAUGUUAACCCCUUCCUACCCAGUGUCAUUAGUACAGUGUCAGUGCUUUUUAUUAGCACUAAUCACUGUAUUGGUGUCACUGGGGAUGUCAGUGACACCAAGUCAGUACCCCCCAGUGGCGGAAUGCUCGCCUCAGUCCUGCUAU